AUGGAAGGAAUUGGAAGUGGAAGCCAAGCCGGCCCUAGCACUGGUGGUGGAGGUCAAAGUCUUGGCGAGUUUUUUAGAGAAGUAAAUGCUAUUCAAGAAAUGAUUCGAAAUAUUAAAGAGAACAUGUCAGGAAUCGAAGCAUUACACAAAAGAAUGGUCACGGUAACAGAUGAUGAGAGUUCUCGAAUGUCUCGGCAACUGGAUUUGCUAAUAUCAGAGACGAGCCGUAUAGCAGGUCAAAUAAGCAAUAAGUUAGCGGUGAUGGAACAAAAUAAUAAAACUUUAACAACUGGACAAGAUCAGACACAAAUGCGUUUAACACAGCACGCGACGUUAGCUAAAUCAUUUAUUGACACAAUGACAAAUUAUCUCCGGAUGCAAAAGGAAAAUGAGAAAAAAUACAAGGAGAGGAUUGUAAGGCAAUUUCGUAUAGUAAAACCUGAUGUCACGCAACAAGAAAUUGAUCAGUUGUUGAGCGAAGAAUCUGGGCAAAUAUUUACCUCACAAGUUCUAUCAAAAACACAAUCAGAACAGUCGCGGUCGAUUCUUACAGAAGUUCAGGAUCGACAGAGAGAUAUUUUAAGAAUUGAAAAAUCAAUUAAUGAAAUAAAUAAAAUGUUCGGCGAAGUAAAAGCGUUGGUGUUAGGAGAUGAUAUUAAGGCAAAAAAGAUAUCAGAUACAACAGAUGUCAUACAAGACAAUACGAAUCAAAUAGAACAAGAUACAACGCCAACAAUAAAAAUAGCAGGGAAAAUAAAGAAGGUAAAUGGUACUUAG